AUGAGCGAGGUAUGUGUCCGAGUGGCGGUCCGUAUCCGGCCCCUGCUUCCCAAGGAAGUCCUCCACAACCACCAGGUGUGUGUGCGGAUGGUGCCGGGCACCGCACAGGUGAUGCUCGGCUCGGACCGACUCUACUCCUUCGACCAUGCAUUUGGGCCGACAGCCAGUCAGGAUGAGGUGUACGAGUCCUGCGUCCAGCCGCUGGUGGAGUCCCUGGUCGACGGUUGCAAUGCCACCGUCUUCUGUUAUGGACAAACAGGGUCAGGGAAGACAUACACACUCGGAGGGGGGAAACUGGAUGAAGAGGGAGGAAUUAUUGACCGUGUGGCCCAAGAUGUGUUCUUGUUGUUGGGGGAAAAGAGGAAAAACAAUGAUGGUGUGGAGGCCACAGUGCGGGUGUCAUAUAUGGAGCUGUACAGGGAAGAGCUGCGAGACCUGCUAGAGAUGCACACCAUUCACAAAGAGCUUCAUAUCAGAGAGGAUGAGAAGGGAAACACAGUGGUGGUGGGAGCCAAAGAGAUGGCUGUCACCUCAGCAGAGGAGCUACUCAGCGUUCUAGAGAUGGGUAAUGCUCUACGCCACACCAGCACCACAGGGAUGAAUGAGCAUUCCAGUCGCUCUCAUGCCAUCCUCACCCUUCAGCUCAUCCAAUGUUGCCGCAACAACACCUCCUUAAAGUCUGUCCGCUCUUCCAAACUCUGUCUGGUCGACCUAGCAGGCUCAGAGCGUGCUGGAAAAACUGGCAACACUGGAACACGGCUCAAAGAAUCUGUUCAUAUCAACACAGGCCUGCUUGCACUGGGCAAUGUUAUCCGUGCCCUGUCUGACCCUGCUCGAACCCGCCGUGGUAACAACUGCAACAGCGCACACAUACCAUACCGUGCUGCCAAGAUCACCCGUCUCCUCCGUGAUUCAUUGGGUGGCACCGCCCAUACACUGAUGGUGGCCUGUGUAAGCCCCUCUCACCACAGUGUAGCUGAGACUCUGAGUGUCCUGCAGUUUGCAUCCAAGGCCCGUCACAUUCGCAACCGUCCCAGAGCAAUAUCUACUCAUACAGAGCUUAAAUCUUUACCUUCAGCCUGGGACCCCAGCGAGGCUCGACAAGGGGAGCUCGAGUUUGAAGUAAAGACGCUGAGAGAGCUACUGAAAGAGAAGGAGAGAGAGAUGGAGAUGCAGAGGGAGAGGACAGGUGGAGAGGUGGAGAAGCAAUCAUCACACUACCACCUCCUGGCAAUGGAAGCUGCAGCUCUGCUUGCAGAUAUCUCUGGCCCCUCUCCAAGUCAAUCUUUCAGGCAGCAACUGCAGGACUGGCAGGAGAGACUGGCAGCUGUCAAUAACACACAUCAAAUCGAUGAUAAGGACUGUUCAGAGAGGAAUGGAGACCAGCCUGACCAUCUUACAUUAUUAAAGCUCAGAGAAGAGCUCAAGAAAUGCCAGGAAGCUCUCAACAUAGAGGAGCAUCUAUUGGAGCAGAAAGAUGCAGAGCUGAGACAGGUACAAAAAGAUUUUGAGGGGCUUCUUCAAGAGAGGAAAACCCACCUCCAAGCCUUAGAGGAAGAAAAGGAACAUAAUCGUAUACAGACUGAACAACUGGUAGACCAACAGAUGCUGAUUGAUCGUCUUCGCAGCGACCUCAUGACCUUUCGGGGCACAACCUCAGGGGCCGCAGUGGAAGCAGUGGCUUCUGGGAACUCAGGCAAGAGGCCCCAUAGUGUCCCUCUGAUCAGACACAGCUAUGGACAUGGGCCUCCCAGGAAGAUUCACUCCAGUCCCCCAGCCUAUUCACUGGAGAGGGUGAUGGCAGCCUUUAAAAUGCGCGGUCAUCUCCUUCUGGCUAAGCUUGAAGAAAAGGAUGAGGUGUACUGUCCAUUCAUAAAACAACAGGGAGAGAGCAUAGACAGGGCUCCAGAGAAGGAGGAGGAGGAUAAGGACUGUGUGAGCAAAAUGGCAGUUAGAACAUGGACGAGUCGGCAGAAGAAAUCAGCUCUGAAAGAGAAAAACACUGGACUGGACCAAACAUCUAAUGGGAAUCCAUUAGUACAACAGCCUCAGCAAGCUACAGGGGCCAAGGAAAACCAUGCCAAAAAAAGCCAUAUGAUGAAGGCCCAUCUAAGAGCCAGUGUUACUGAGAGAAGGAUCCAAGAUCUGUCAGUCAACAUGCGCAUGGAAGAGGAGCUCAUCAAAGAGCUUGACAAAACUGACAAGAAAAUCCAGGCCGUGGACAGACAUGGCAGGCACAACAGAGAUGGCACAGAAGCUGGCAUGUUGGCAAGACUUUCCUUGCAGAACCAGCAGGUCCGAGCAGAGGUGUAUCGCAGCCUUCAGCACAUGAGACUGCGGAGAGAGCAGCUUCAGACCAACCUCAGCAGUUGGCUGGAGCAGGAGGAGGAGUGUGUGCUUCAGAGGAGAGCAGAGCUGCAAGAGCUGGAGGAGGAGCUGAGGAGGAGAGAGGAGGUGGUCCUGCGCAGAGAGGCCUAUCUGCAACAAAAAAACAAACUGGAGGAGAAGAUGCUACGCUCCAGUCAGGCUCUGAGUCAGGACCUGCGGCGUGUGUCAAUGCAGUUGGAGGCAGUGGAGGAGCACCUGGAGAGCAGUAGCAAUGCAAGGCAGACUGGAGGAGUUACCAAAGAGGAACUGGAGAAGGAGAGAGACAUGCUUAAAAAGAGGAGAGACACUCUGGAUGCACAGCUGAAGGAAAACAGAGUACUUACUAUGGAGGAGGGGCAUUCCCUGCUCCAGCUGGAGGAAGCUAUUGAAGCUCUGGAUGCAGCUCUGAAGUUUAAAAACAGCUUCAUCCAGGACAAACAGAAGAGGAUGGCAUUCACAGACUCCUCUUUGUAUCAGUCACAAAGCACCAAACCCGCCCCACUCUGUGAUGUCAUCAGGAAGCUGAGGGAGCUCGCACCAGCCGAGGCUUUGGAGCUGCUCAUCAAAUAUUUCAACAAGGUUGUUUGUCUUCGUGAGGCAGAGCGCCAUUUGCGUUUGCGCUGUGAAGAGCUGGAGCUUCAUGCAGGAGAGCAAGAGGGGGUGCUGAGGGAGAUGGAGGCUGCCAUGCAGCGCCUGGCACUGGAUGCAGACCGCAGGCUCACCCAGCAGCACCGAGCUCACCAGAACAACAUCCAGCUACUCCUGCAGAAACUUCAAGAGGGUGGAUCAGGAGAACCACAGCAGGCUAUCCAAGACAGACUGCAGCAUCUGGAGAAAGAACUGUUUUUCUACAAGAGCUCCAGCCGGCAGCUAAAAAACAAGCUCAGAGAACUUUUUAGUGGCGCCCUGCACCAUGACGAUCAGCAGUCAUACAUACAGGAGCACAGACAAACACACAAUAUGCAGGUACAAGCAGGCACAAGUAAAUCCCAGAUGCAAACUGAAGAGUUACAAACAAGGACACGUAUAGCAACAACAUACACAAAGAUACAUGCAGAGCAAACAGACCAAAAGACAAAGUUCGAUUCUCAUAUGAGGAGACAUGCACACCAAACCCCCUGUCCUUCCUCAUCUUCUGACCUCCAAGCAGACAGAAAUACCAAACUUGAAUACAAUCAGAUGCACACACACACACAGUCCCAGGGGAGGAAUGAAAGAGAGGCUGGUAACAGUGAGGAAAGUUUAGAGAUGACACCAGUCCGUCUGUGUCGCAAAGAACUGAGACAGAUCUGUCCAGCUGACCUGCAGAUCUCUGGUUCUGCCACAAGGAGGCGGCAGUCUGUUGUGAAUACCAGCACAGAAUCAAUACUAGAAGACUCCAUAGAAAUGUCCAAAACCACUAACAGAUGA